UCAUGAGCGAGUGGGCGUAGCCACGUCAUCAAACACGGAAGUGGUGGGUUCCGCCCAGGUUCCCCUCGUUAGCCUGUUCGAACACAGCAGAACCCGCCCGUUCCCCUCAGAACCUGCUUCAGUCAGUGUGACCCGGAUAGAACCAUGCUGUGCCCGCGGCUGCUGUUGCGUCCAGCUGUGUCUCUCUCCAGACGGUGUCUCUGCACAGGAGACACAUCGAGGAGAGGAAGAGCGCCAGACAUGGCUGAAGGAAAUCAUCUUUUUCACGUGUCAAAUGUGAGGAACAGGCUGAGGGAAAUUGUGGGAGCCUCGACCAACUGGAGCGACCACCAGCAGGCCAUGACGGAGCGCGUCUCCCUGUCCUCCAUGUUGGCGAGGUCCCAGCAGGACCUGCCGUCCAGGAGGAUGAAGGACAGCUACCUGGAGGUCUUCCUCCCUCUGGGCUCCGAGCCGCAGCUCCGGGAGAAGUACCUGACCUUCCACAACACCGUGAGGUUCGGGAGGAUCCUGGAGGACUUGGACAGUUUGGCAGUGCUCAUCUCCUACUCUCACACCUACAACCCCGACCUGAAGAGGUCGCCGCUGUCCAUCGUCACCGCCCUGGUGGACAAGAUCGACAUGAGGCAUCACGUCAUUUAUCCCGACUGCGACAUCAAGUUCAGUGGUCAUGUGACCUGGGUGGGGAAGACGUCCAUCGAGGCCAAGAUGCACAUGUCCCAGUUCAGAGACGGAGUCUUCUCUCCCGUUCUGGACGCCACCUUCGUCAUGGUUGCUCGAGACCCGGAGAACAAGAGAGCUGCGUUCGUGAACCCGAUCCAACCUGACGGACCCGACGAGGAGAAGAUCCUGCAGGAGGGAGAAGCCAACAAGUCCCGCCGGGUGGACCUCAGCACGGCGUCUCUGCUGAAAGUGGCUCCGACAGACGAGGAGAGGAAACUGAUCCACAGCCUGUUUCUACACACCCUGGACUCAAACACGGUCAGUUUCCGCAGCAGAGUCCUGCCUCCAAGCUCGGUGUGGAUGGAAGACGCCAAACUGAAGGGCCUGGAGAUCUGCCACCCCCAGGAGAGAAACAUCUUCAACAGGAUCUUUGGUGGUUUCCUGAUGAGGAAGGCUUAUGAGCUGGGCUGGGCCAACGCCUCAUCCUACGGAGGUUGUCGGCCGAAGCUGGUUGCCGUUGACGACAUCUUGUUCCAGAAGCCGGUGGAGAUCGGGUCCCUGCUGAUGCUGUCCUCUCAGGUGUGUUACACUCAGGACCACUACAUCCAGGUCAGAGUUCACAGCGAGGUGUUCGACCCGCUGACCCGGCAGCACAACACCACCAACGUUUUCCACUUCACCUUCUCCUCCGACCAGCACGUCCCCAACGUGGUGCCCAAGACGUACGGAGAGUCCAUGUUGUACCUGGACGGGAAGAGACACUUCAACCAGACGGUGCCGGAGCUGUGAGGGGCGGAGCUCCCUCUGGCCGGGGGGGGGGGGGGGUGCUCCCUCUGGGCGGGGGUUUUGUUUCUUCUUCUUGCUCGCUGCUGCUGCUCAUGUCUCCGUCCCCACAGGUCCAGGUUCUGGUUCUGGUUCUGUUACUGAGAGUUCUGCUCAUUUCUGUGUUACACUAAAGAAACGCACAAGCUGACUGUGGGGGGGAGG